UUCCAACAUGGCAGAUUCGGUCCGCGAACAAAAGUUAGCCGCUGCCAGAAAAAAGCUCCGACAGUUUCAGAAGAAGAAAGGCACAAAACGAGCUGUUGAGUACAGCAGCAAGGAAACCACACCUGAUAUAGAAGGUAGCAUUGCUGAAGGGUCAAACCCGCAGUCGGAGUCGGGUACUUUAUCCUCUAGAGCGUCAUCAGUUGACCUUGUUUCAGAGGAGUUCACAGACCAACCUGCAACCAUUGAUCAUGGAGAAACACACAGUGAUGUGCUCCCUUCCUCACAGGGAGUUUUAAGUGGCAUUGAAGCAGUGAGUACCCAAAGUGCUGGCCCAGAGAAACAUGGAUAUGAAGAGCAAAGAGGAGUACAAUUAAACUGUCAGUAUGCUGACUCAGUUCACUCCCUUUUACCCCAAACAGAGGGAAGUGAAAAUGUAACACCAUCUACUUAUAAUUACACAAAUGAGACCCCUGAAUUAACAUCAGAAGGGCAUGAUUAUUCCCAGACUGUGUCUGUUAAUGGCAGUGGUGAUAACACAGGUCUGAACACUGAGGUUCCUAAUUGUGUGCCACAACAAGCAGCCAGUGAAACAGAAAGCUUUAAUCAGCAAAAUAAGCUUGCUUCAUAUUUCCAUUCAACAUCAGAUUAUAAUAACACUCCUAGGCCAGACCCCUUUUCAUUAUCAUUGAGUACCACAGAAGUUAUAUCUCCAGAUGAGAGUGAUGUAGGUACCAAAUCUUAUGUUGAAUCUGAAAACCUAGGAACACAACUCUCCAGGGAACAAGAGCCAACAUCAGCAUUCCAGACAGUCAUUCCUUCAUCACAACCUCACACAGAACCAAUUGAUGAUCACAAAGAACCAACAGUCAUGGGUACUGAACAGGUAUACCAAGGAGAGCAAAAUUCACCAGAAACCUUUGAGAGAGAGGGAUCUGUAAGUUCAGAAACAACAGCAAGCGUGACAACGGCCAUACAUGUGACGAAGGGUGAAAGUCAAGAUGAACCAGUGCUCAAGUCUUCAUCUGAAAGUCUUCGACAGAUUUCCCUGCAGCUGAGUGGGCUGAUGAGUGAGAGUGAAGGAGCAGCAUCAGACACAUCAAACAACACUGUGUUGGAGUUGGAGCGUCGUAACAGUGAAUUAGCAGCCUUGUUGCAGCAGGAAUCUCAGACAUCACAACAACAGUCCCAGUAUAUAGGAGAGAUGAAAGCACAUGUAGAGAGGCUUGAAGCAGAGUUGAAUGCUGCAAGAGGAAUUCUAAACUCCUCAGUUACUGGAGGAGCUCGUGAGGUGGAGAGUUUGAGGGAGCAGUUGCAGGUUCACAUACAGACCAUUGGGAUCCUGGUGUCAGAGAAGUCAGAGCUGCAGACCUCUCUCACACAUGCAAAUCAUGCACUUAAACUGAAAGCAGGUGAAGUAACUGAGCUUGAUGGGCGAUUGAGUGCAUCCAGACAGCGAGUUGGAGAACUGGAAGCAAGUGUAAAGGACUUGAAUGUGCAGAGGGAUGCACUAAAGUCCUCACAAGAUAGCCUCUCAAAAGAUCUUGAUGCAUCAAAGAUGACAAACUUCAAGUCUAACAAGUUAUGUGAGGAGCUGAAGACUUCGAUUGCUGAAUUAACCGAACGACUGAGUGUAAAAACAAGCGACCACGAGAAAUUGAUGGCACAGCUGACAGAAACCAAGAGUCAGUUGGCAAUGGCACAGCUUAAUUUGCAGCAGUUGAGAGAUGGCACAAAUGAUGACCUUCAAACCCAGCUUGAAAAUGUUCAAGCAGCACACAUGGAAAGCCAAAGGCAGUUGCAGGAGUGUCAGGCAGAACUAGGGAAGGCUCAUACAGAACAUUCCCAUGUAGCAGCUCAGUACCAGCAGUACACCACUCAGCUGGCAUCACAGAUGGAGGCUUUGCAAAAGCAGGUGCACCAGUUAAGUACAGAAAAAGAAGCAGCUGUUACAGCACUAGAAGAAACACAGGCAAAGUUAAAGGGAGCACAAGAACCUGACCCAUCCCCAAGAUACAGUGAAGAGGAGGUCAAAGCAGAGAAAGAGAAAUAUGAGCAGAUAGUAGCUACUUUGGAAGAGGAGAAGAACCAGAUGCAGCACCAAAUCACUGCCAUGACAAAUGAUAACAGUCAACUCUCAAAAUUAGUGGACCAGCUGUCUAAUAAAAUAGAGGAAAUGGAGUUGAAGGUAGAGCGGACCAAAACGGAAGAAGUGAAUACAUCUCAGUUGUUGGCUGCCAUGCAGAGUGAUAAAGUUGCAGCUGCAAGGGCCCUGACACAGAAUAAGCAGCUGAAGGAACAGUUAGAAGAACUGCAAAGCGGCUUCAUCAUCAUGAGUAACAAAAAACUUGAGUUGACCGAGAAACUAGAAAAGGAGCUGCAUGUAAAGAAAUCCCUCAAUCAGGAGAUAGCAUCACUGAAUGAGCAGAUAGCAAAUAUGAGACAGCAAACUGUAGAGAAAGACCGUGAAAUUGUCCAGCUGAAAGAAAACAGCGAGUCCCUAGGAAACCAGUUGAUGUUGACACGGGAACAGAUGAACAAAACUGAAAUUGGACAAGUGGCAGAAGAUAUUAAAGACCUGAAUGAGGAGAUAAUGAGACUGAGAAAUCAGUUGGCAGCUCAGGAAGAAAAGCAGAAGAUCUCGCAGAGCCGUAUUGAAGAACUUGAGAAGGAGAAUUCAGAUCUUUGUGCUCUCCUAAAGGAAACCAAAACCAAAGAUACUACUGAGAUUCAGAAGGAAGUGCAUCUCACAAAUGGAAAUGUUUCAGAAGAAAAUAACUCUGAAGAUGAUGAGACUGGUAGCACUGUACUAGGGAAAGUAGUAUCACUCACAGAAAAAGUAAGGCAGCUAGAGACUGAGAGUGGGAAUCUGCGAUCUCAACUUGAAACAGAGAAAUCAAAGUACAAUCAGCUGCUCAAAGCUUCCGAGGAAAAACAAAUGGCUUCAGAAAGUAACGGAAAAUCUCUGGGAACAGAGACCACAGUUGACCCAGUAGAAUUCCAGACCUUGAAAAACGCACAUGAAGCCCUGGAGACAAGAUUUGGCCGCAGCAUGGACCAGGUGGCUGAGCUGAGUGAUGAAAAACAGAAGCUGGAGCACAUCAUACAGCAGCUGCAGAUCGAGACUGAGGCCAUAGGUGACUAUAUCACGAUCUACCAAUUCCAAAGGGGAGUGAUGAAGCAACAGGCACGAGAGAGAGAAUUGGAGCUAUCUAGUCUCAGGCACGAAAGAGAGGAGAUGAAAAUCAAAUUGUCAACACUUCAGGAGCUAAUGUCAACACUAGUACAAGAGAAGGGUCCAAACCAUCCUAAUGUGGCGAAGAUGGAGAAGGUGAUCAGCCAAUCACAAUCUGAUGCUAAAAAAACAGAAAAGACUGAGGAAAAUGUCAAUGGUGACUUAAAGACCAAAAAUGUUGAAGUAGCAGAAGAGGCCACAGAAGUCGAGAAGCAAAAUGGUUUGGAACAGCAUGAGACCUGUAAGGAAACUAGCACAACCGAUAAUGGCUUGGAAAAUACCCCAAGCCCUAGCAAGAGUAUGAAAGACCAGAAUCUCUCAGCUGAGAAAAAGAGCCCAACAGUGCAGAGAAUUCUGGACCUCCUCAACGAGAUGGAAGCCACAAGCCAAGUUGAGCACUGUGGCUUGCAGAAGUUCCACCCGUGUCCUUUGUGCUCUGGCAAACUGAUUACAGUGUAAGGUUGGGAAAUUGUUCAUGGCCUGUGAUUGGGAAAGUGUUCAGUCUAAAGUUAUGAAAUUAUUAAGGGUCCAAGAAUGGGAUUUUGAAUGAGGUCUCUGAUUGAAACUUGAUCAAGGAUAUUUAUCAUUCAAUGGUAUUUGUCCUGGGAAGGUGGCAGUUACAUCGUUGUGUAUACUCCCAUACUUGCUUUCAUGUGGAAUAACUGACAUGAAAGCAACUACUGUAAAAAAGAAUAAUAAGGAAUUGGGAAGUUUGAAAGAUGUCUCAAGGCUAUUUGAAAAUAGUGAAGUACAGUAAGGAGUACAUGAUAAUUAUGGUACUUAACUCCAAAGAUUUCUUGAGUGUGCAGAUUUAAGUACAUUUAUAUGAAUUGUUAUUACUUGUAUCAACAGAAUUCAAAGCAAAAUAUCUUGUAAUUGCAGAUUAUAUUUAGCUUCUUCUUCAGUAAUAUAUGAAAGAAUGCAGGAAUACACAUAUUGUGUGGUGGGACAUAAAAAAUGAAGAUCCAAAAGGAUAGGAGGCUGUUAAGUAGUCAACAGUUAACAAGUUCAAUAAACAAGUUCAAUAGUAAAAGCACUGUCACUGUUUGUGGUGGUUACACAAAUAUUCAGCUGUUCUCCAUGUUUUGAGAAAGGGGAGCACUGCAUUUGCAUAGGAUAUCUAAUAGGUAAAUGUAAAAUUCAUAGACUGUGAUAGUCUUGAUCCUCUAGAGAAUCAUGAAAAUUGUUUUCAUGUCAUAAGCUGAUUUCAUACCAGGUUUAUAGCCAUUCAUUGUCUUGCUCAAUAGCUCCAUUAGAGAUGUUUAUUAUUAUUAUUAUUACUAUGAUUAUUAUUUAUUUAUUUUAUCUUCAGCCAAUAAUUAAAAAGGAUUUUUUUUUUUACAUAUUUUACUAGAUCCUCCUCAAAAAAUAUUGUAAUAAUAUACUCUUUUAACAUAAACUAGAUUCUAAUCCAUUUAUUAAAUUUUCUUACAGAUUAUAAUAACAUUAAUAAAGAUAGAAAUUAUAUUCCCCUAAUAAAAAACUAGAGACAAAAGCUUGGUUUCCAUUUUUUUAUUGUGGAUAUUGUGGUAGAAUGUAGACUUGUAUAACAAACACAUUUUGUUAAAGUUUAUAAGACAGUGAGCCUGUAUUGUUAACAAGUGUUAUUGCUCUAAAGUCCCUUUCCUCACAAUUAACUUUUUUACAGCUGUGUGUAUCAGUGACUGAGAGUAUGAUUUCUAAGUGUUUUAUUCCUGUGCCCUUUUGUAAUUCAACAUUUGGUAUGAUGUGUAUUGUAUUGUCUACUGAAUAUAUCUGUGGUUGUAAUGUUGUUACUUGUUACCAUUGUAUUGUAUUUUUUCUUUCUUUCUUUUCUUUUCUUUUCUUUUUUCUUGGUUAUUGCCACAUGUCAACUUGAAGAUGGCAGAUAGAAUGUAUUUUUGCAAGAAGCUUUUAAGUGUUUGUAUUAAAUAUUUUGGUGCCUUGGAAAAGCAUAGCAUCCCCCUUCAGUAUGCACGAGUCCUUUUUAUCUUGUUAUACCUUGUCACUGCCAUUAUAGUCAUCUUAUGUUAGUUAUUUACUUGGUUCUCCUCCAGGAAGAGUAAGCAGUGUUAAGUAGAUUUUUUUACAGGAGGAAUUUGACUACAGCAGAAGAGCAUUGUAUGACAAGGGUUCAAAGAGAUGAUUUGCAACACAGGGAAAGGUGCCCUUCUUAGUGGCAAAUGUAAUGAAAGCACACUCAAGAUUCUUGAUUUUGUUGUUGUUUUUCCUGUAUUUUGUCUUGUUACUGUUUGUCUUGUGUACACUAAAUGUUUUAUUUGGAACUUUUAUGUAUUUUUCAUAGAAGAAAUAUUUGUUAGAGAGUAUACUUAAAAAAAAGAAAAGCAUAUUUAUUAGUACUGAAAUAAUUCGGCAUCAGAAUUAAUUUCUUAGCAACAGCUUAUAUCAUGAUGUUGUAUGCCCUAUCCUAUCCUUUAUAGUGGAACUGCUUCUAUACUAUUAUAAGUACUGCUUAUUUAAUUCAUCACCACUAUCAUUGUAAUCAUUCUAAUGCAGAAGUAUCUCUGUCCCACUUCUCAUUUUUCUCUUAGUACUUUUUUUCAUCAUUACAUUUGAUGCUAUUUAUAUUUUAUAUUUAUUUGUGUAGCAUUUAUUUGAUAUCACCAGGUAACUGUAGAAUGAAAAAAUGGUAAGUAUCCUUGCUGAUUUCACAGCUCUCCUCUGGCCAUGGGUGCAUUUCUGUAUUAUACUGUUGAGGCUUGCCCACUUCAUUUUGAAUUUUACUGUUACAGAUCGGAACAUGUUUAGGAGGAACACUAUGCAGUAAAUUUCUAUUAAUAUUAUUAUUAUUUACAAUGAAUUAUGGAUAUUGCAUUUCUUAAAGAAAAUGACAUCAGUUUUCAAGAAGGUGCUCAUGAUGUUUCUGUCAUUUGAUGACGGGCUAUAAAUUCUUUAUAUUUAUUCAUAGAAUGUAAUAUUUUUAAUAAAGACUUAUGAACAUGC